AAUAGAUCGCAGUUACCCAGGAUAAAGCCCUUUGACAGUGCUAUCGAAAUAACCCCGCUAAAUUCGCAGUUGCUUUCAAAAUUGACAAUAAAAAUGUACGAAGAAUUUAUCGAAUCCGCCACCAAAGCGGUUCUCACAAUGGCUACCGCAAUGUUACUGUACCAAUCGGACGCACUGGAUGAACUACACCAAAUUGUUGAGCAGUCAGAGGCCACUGGAGGGGAACACGAAAUUUACAGUGAAGGGCCCUCUGCUCUCGGAAGAAGCAUUCCAAGGCACGAUCCCAUGACAGAAUCUUACAUUGACCAACUGGAACAAUCACAAACGAUCCAUUUAGGCGCGGAUACUCCUUUGGUCCCCGAUGAAAGUGGCGAAUCGUUUCGCCUGAUCCGCACUACUAGACCAGUGCGUCAACGUGAUUUACGCGAUGCUCCUGGAUUGUAUCGCUCGUACGAAGCCCCACCUCCAAUGCCGUUAGCGGAAACUCCCGAUGCCGAGAGUAGACCAACAAUAACACCACCACGAAUAGGCCAUCGAAAGCCGCUCGCACAGAGAUUUAUUAGAAAAGAAACAGCUCAAAGCCAACCUCCGGUUGGAGAAGUCGAGUCCUUCCGGAUUGUUCGACCUGCCAGAACACCUGUACGUUUCGAACAAUCUGCAGAGUCUAACUUAGAACGGUCUUAUAUUGCACCCAGAACGCCGGCAGCUUAUCAAACUCCUAGAAGACCCAUUCCUAUAUCACCCGGAGAGGAUCUUGAUGCCGUUACUAUGCCAGAUGAAUCUUUGCUGUCAUUUGCUGGUUCACCAGCUGAAGAAUCCUUUCGAAUAGCACGUUCGUCUGGUCGCGUUGGUUGGCGAGAUCAUACUAGACACUCUGGUCUGUACGGUUCUUACACAGCAGCCCAACAAACUCCGGUGUUAGAUGAGAGUUCGUUCAGAAUCUCACGACCUGCUGGUGGUAUUCAAAGAAGACAUGUAGGAUACGUCGAUCCAGGCAAUUACCGUUCAUUCGAAAGUACGCAUCCAAUACGAACGCGACCUCUUCCGAACGUAUCCACGACGGAGAACUUAGACAGUAUUCUGCUUAACGACACCACUCUACCUUCAUUUGCGGAAUCGUCUCGCCACAGAAAUCGUAGCGAAACGCCACAACUGUCUUGUAUUCGACCGGAUUCAACCCGGAGAGCCUAUACAACCUUCAACGAACCUCCUAGUGUGCCCUUUCCCGAGCUUUCGAGGAUGCCUCCCACCAUAAGAAGAUCAUCUACCCAGGAGGAGGAAGUAACUGAACAAGAAUACCUGCACGAUAUUGAACCGGACUUCGCUCCCGAACUUAACUCAACAAUCCUAAGUGAAAACGGCGGCUCACAGCUGGAUGAAACCAUUUACAAGCUGCUAAACCGAAUCAGUCGCCAGGUGGAGAUUAUUCGCGCCGAUGAACGGGUCGGAAUACUGCGAAGAAGCUCGGAUGACUACGAUUUUGAGCUGGGUAGAAUGAGAGAUUGAUUGGUUUAACAGGCGUUUACCCGUGUAUUGUAGCGAAUAAAGCACCGCAACAAAGGU